AUGGACACCAACAUGGAGGACGUCGGAAGGGCACCCGCCGACGUGUCGCCCGUCCAGAACGAGCCCGCCUCGAUCCCCACACUCGACGGUUGGAUCGAGAGCUUGAUGAACUGCAAACAGCUGGCCGAGGCCGACGUCCAGAGACUCUGCGAUAAGGCGCGAGAGGUUCUGCAGGAGGAGUCCAAUGUGCAGCCCGUGAAAUGCCCCGUCACCGUCUGCGGCGACAUCCACGGCCAGUUCCACGAUCUGAUGGAGCUCUUCAAGAUUGGUGGCCCCAACCCAGACACCAACUACCUCUUCAUGGGCGACUACGUUGACAGAGGCUACUACUCGGUCGAGACGGUCACCCUCCUCGUCGCCCUCAAGAUCCGAUACCCCCAACGCAUCACCAUCCUCCGAGGAAACCACGAGUCCCGGCAAAUCACGCAGGUCUACGGCUUCUACGACGAGUGCCUGCGCAAGUACGGAAACGCCAACGUGUGGAAAUAUUUCACUGACCUCUUCGACUACCUCCCACUCACCGCCCUCAUCGACAACCAGAUCUUCUGUCUGCACGGCGGCCUGUCGCCCAGCAUCGACACGCUCGACAACAUCCGCGCCCUUGACCGCAUCCAAGAGGUCCCCCACGAGGGCCCCAUGUGCGACCUGCUGUGGUCCGACCCCGAUGACCGCUGCGGCUGGGGCAUCUCUCCCCGUGGUGCGGGCUACACGUUCGGCCAGGACAUCUCGGAGGCCUUCAACCACAACAACGGUCUGACGCUGAUUGCCAGGGCGCAUCAACUUGUGAUGGAGGGCUACAACUGGUCCCAGGAUCGCAAUGUGGUGACCAUCUUCUCUGCCCCCAACUACUGCUACCGAUGCGGCAACCAGGCUGCCAUCAUGGAGAUUGACGAGCACCUGAAAUACACCUUCCUGCAAUUUGACCCCUGCCCGAGAGCGGGCGAACCCAUGGUCUCCAGACGGACGCCGGAUUACUUCCUCUAA